AUGUAUAUCAAACCUGAUGAAUUUGAAAAGAAGUGGGAGUUGAUUAUUAAUGAAUUCAAUCUGGAAGAUAAAAGAUGGUUCUAUGAUAAGUUUGAAUUACGUGACAAAUGGAUACUUGCAUACUUCAGUGACACAAGAAUGUCUGGAUUGAUGAAAACCACUUCAAGAUUAGAAAGCAUGAAUUCCUUCUUCAACACUUACUCUCAAUCUAUAAAUUUACUUUUACAUUUCAUGAUGAACUAUGACACAACAAUUCAAAAACAAAGAAAUACACAACAAGAGCUUGAUAAUCAAACAAAGAAGGCGUACAGAAAGAAAUCUAUAAAGGUUCCUGGUACUGCCAAUACGAACAUGUUGGAACAAAAAAUGAUGGAGUUAUACAAAGUGGAACAACUGAACAAAAACAAAAUAAAACUUCCAACAAAUGAUGUAAAAUGUACUUGUGAACACUUCAACUGCUUUGGGACUUUGUGCAGACAUGCAUUCAACAUACUCAUGAAACAUGUAAUUAAGGAGAUACUUGAAGAGUACAUUAAGGAUCGUUGGAGAAAGGAUGUGAUAUCAAGGCAUUAUCAUUUUGGUAGACAUAAAACAAAAAGUAUGUUGAAGGAAUAUAAAAACAAUCCUACAAAUGAAUUGCAGAAGAAUAGGAUAGAUGUUGAAGAUGUAGGAAAGCUUAUGGGCAUAUCUAUUCCAAAAGACAUUGACAUCAAUGUUCCAAAUGUUCAAAGUAAUAAAAGAAGUGGAAAGAAAAGUAGAAUUCAAAGUGUAACAGAAAUAACAUAUAAAAAUUUAAACAAGAAAACAAGAAGAUGCUCAGGAUGUGGAGAAAGGGCUCCUCAUAACUUGCGAACAUGCCCAAUUAAACUUGCAGCAGAACAAAUAUCAAAAGCUAUAUAG